AUGACGAGUGGCGGCCCGGCUCGAGGCAGUAAAAUUACGCAGAUUCUGUUUCAGAAUACCGCAGGCACCCAAAGGAAUCUUUUCCUUCACCCAGAGACCAAACUAUUCGUGAUCAGGCUAGCAUAUUCAAAAACUUUCAGCCGGACCGGAAUCGAAAAGGACGCGUUACGAGUGGUCCCUUCAGGAAUUUCAUGGCUUUUGUUAUUCUAUUUAUUGAUCGUUAAGCCAUUCAUUCGGUCCCUGAUUCUAGAGGUGAAUGGGGCUGCAUUCAAAAGGCCGGAAUUCUUAUGGCUGAAUUUUCGAAGCCCUAGGUCCAGCCCUAGGUUCAACCCGGAAGAUGACCCGAAGGCGAACCCUAGAAAAGCCCUAACAAUCAGACCUCUGGAUGGCCGAGCCCUCUCAGCCUCAAUGCGGGCAUUCACCAACACCUUGAUCGGUCAGCCUAUCGGGGUAAGGGCCUGGAGACAUCUGGCGCAGGCCCUGAUUAGACAUAGUCUGGGGGGUGUGACCCGAGAGGAUCCGGAUGAAGAUCUCGAUCUAGAAGGUCUAGGGGCCAUGCAGAUGCACCAUUCUCGGCAGACAGGUCUCAUGGUCUAUGGCAGGCAGAAUUCGGCCUUUUCGAAAAUCGGCAGUGAACUGCAGGAGGCGCAAAUUGAAUUCAGCUAG